UACACGGAAUUAUAGGGAAAAUCGAUGUUGAAAAUUGGUUUAAUUUAGUCGAGAUUUGUUCAACCAUUCCUAGAUUUCAAUCAAACCACUCUCUUCGCCGACGGCCGGCCGUCCUUUCCUCCGUCUACAACCCAAAUUCAAUUCCCAGUGAACAUACACGCAUGAGUACAGAUACAGGAAGGAAUCUUUAAGGCUUAGACAGCAAACAGUAUCUGAAUUCGCGAUUGGUUUUUGUUGCUGUUGAAAUUUAGGGUUUUUCUAGAUUCGCUGUGCUGCUGAAGAAUUAUGGAGAGGGUUUUCAGUAAAGUUCGGAAUUUGGAUGCAUACCCUAAAAUUAAUGAGGAUUUUUACAGCCGUACGCUCUCCGGCGGCGUUAUUACCGUCGUCUCUUCCAUCGCUAUGUUCCUUCUUUUCUUCUCUGAACUCGGGCUAUAUCUGCACACUACCACUGAAACAAAGCUUGUAGUUGAUACUUCAAGAGGAGAAAAACUACAUAUUAAUUUUGAUAUCACAUUUCCAGCUGUUUCAUGUACACUACUCAGCCUUGAUGCCAUGGAUAUCAGUGGAGAACAACAUCUUGACAUUAGACAUGAUAUAAUAAAGAAAAGAAUCGACUCUAAUGGAAAUGUUAUUGAAGAGAGAAAAGAAGGAAUUGGUGGCCCUCAGAUUGAGAAGCCUUUGCAAAGACAUGGUGGGAGGCUUGAGCAUAAUGAAACUUAUUGUGGUUCAUGCUUUGGUGCAGAAGCGACAGAUGAUGAAUGUUGUAAUUCAUGUGAAGAAGUUCGUGAAGCAUAUAGAAGAAAAGGUUGGGGUAUGACAAAUCCUGAUUUGAUUGAUCAGUGUAAAAGGGAAGGAUUUGCUCAAAAAAUUAAAGAUGAAGAAGGUGAAGGAUGCAAUAUUUAUGGAUCUUUGGAAGUUAACAAAGUGGCUGGAAAUUUUCAUUUCAUAAAAAGUUUUCAUCAAUCAAGUAUUCAUAUCCCUGAUUUGUUGGCUUUUCAAGAGGACAGUUAUAAUAUAAGUCACAAGAUAAAUAAAUUAGCUUUUGGAAGCUAUUAUCCUGGGAUUGUAAAUCCUCUUGAUGGGGUGCAUUGGUUUCAAGUAUCUCCAAAUGGAAUGUAUCAGUACUUUAUAAAGGUGGUACCAACGAUUUACACGAACAUUAGAGGCUACACUAUUCAAUCAAAUCAGUUUUCUGUUACUGAACACUACAAGACCCCAGAAGUUGGCAGAAGGUCUCUCCCUGGUGUUUUCUUCUUCUAUGACCUUUCUCCAAUUAAGGUGACAUUUACAGAAACACAUAUCUCCUUCUUACAUUUCAUGACAAAUGUGUGUGCCAUUGUUGGAGGAAUCUUUACAGUUGCAGGGAUUGUGGAUUCGUUUGUUUACCAUGGUCAUAAGGCUUUAAGGAAGAAGAUGGAAAUUGGAAAGUUGGGCUAAUUUUUUUU